AUGAACAAUACAAAAGAUGGAGACGUAUUCGAUAACAACGGUGGCACACUUAACAACAGUGAUAACGGUAAUAGCAGCAGCAAGGAAACAUUUGAACUGUCGACUUCGUUGGUACCGUCAUCAUUCAGUAGAUCAAACGGCUCAGACGCGUGGGGGGCAUCGGUCGAUGAAACGAACAUCACCGCCGAAACACUCCUGUUGAACAAAGAGUAUUUCUUCCUACCUUCAACGAACGCAAUGGUUGUUCCGUUGACCUUGGAAGGUUUGCUCAUCGGUUUACUCGUCGGAGAGUUGCCACUCCCAGAUAUAUCGACGAACUCACCGGCGGCGGGGUUCGGGUCCUCAGGCGGAGGAAAAGGUAAAGGAAAGAACCGAAGUAAAAGACGAAUGAAUUUGAAUCAAAACGUAGAUCGAGAAGAGCAGUUUGGCGAGCGAGAGCGACAGUGCUUGAAGAAUGGAGCUGAAGCAUUUGUGCCCGUAUGGGCCAUGCAAAAGCGCGCGGUCUUGCUCAUGAAGAAAACAUACGCACAAGAACAAAACGUUGGAGACUAUUUAUAUGACUCACGGGUGCCACUCUCGGCACUCCGCACGAUGACCGGUAUGCUGAAAACGUAUCUGAAAGCCGACGAAGAGUCACCUGCUGGUGACAUGGCGGAUGCUAUCAUGGCUCAGGGAGAUAUUCUCGCUACGCUGAGUCAACAGCUCGAAGACGCGCUGUAUCCAAACGAAGGCCUAUCUCCGUUUGCUGCAUCCUUACCUUCCGCCAGUGACAAUCGAUCUUCUUCUACUACUAAUUCUUCUUCCGCUGAAUCGAAAAUGAACAGCGGAAGCAGCAGUAUAGGUAGAGCGCUGAACCAACCGCCAAAGAGUGCGUCUCAGAAAAUAUUCUUACCGUCUUCCUCGAGAUCAACGAAGCCGGUCUCAAAGUGUGACGUGACGCCCAUCGUAGCAGCGUUGCUGGCGACUUCGGAACUAAUAGCAAAUUCAGCUGGUGUUUCUAUGAUUGCAUCCUUACCAAUCGAUGGAGGAGGCGAUGGUACUAACGAAAGUUCUACGUGCGUUUCUGUCGACGAAAACGUGACGCGUUCCGUGAUUGCGCGCAUGAUUGAUUCGGCUCUGGUCAUGGCGCCGAGCGAAGGACGAAUCGACGUCGCCGUACGACCUCAAACAUUAGAAGUUGAUAAUUCGAUGACACUCGGUGUAUUAGUCGCCGUGCGCGUCACCGAUGUAGAGAAUAGAUUGUGCGAUACGGUGAUUAUACCCGAAGAUGACCAGUCAUUACGAAUAGCUGCAGAUACGAUCCAUCAAGCGGGAGGGGUCAUGCGCACAAUAGAAACGAAAGGCCAAGAGAUUGCGAGCGUACAGCUAUGGUUACCUUGCUUUUAA